GUUUAGUGUUUAUUUCUCUGAGCUAUCUCGUGGUUGUAGCGGGGGCAGGUAGGUAGAGAUUGACCCAAUCAUUGUACCGGCUGCAGACAUGAUUCGUUUUCAGGUACGGAUACUGGAUACGGUAAACAUUGUUGUCUUACACAUAUUAUUUUUAACAUCAAACUAUUUUACCACUUUUGUAUUAAAAAACGCUUAUUGCAUAUACAAUGUACAUAAAUAUAGUAAUGUUUACAUCUCUACGUAAUGUGGCGAAAUGAGGCGUCAUGCUAUAUGAAGAAUGGUGGGAAGUUAGUGUAAUGUAUAUAUCUGUCAAUUACUGGCAAACGACCGACGCCAGAGCGGGCAACUCCAAGAAAGGUCAGGAGACUUGAUCCAUAAACCGUCGGCAUUGGCAGUCUGCCGUAAGCAGCAGUGCCGGGCUCUGAGAGCAACGACUUAACAAUCAUCUUAAUGAAAUGAAACUGACAGUUUUAUGUAUGAAACGUUGGCAUGGGCUAUCGGCCUUAAGCGGAUAGUGCUGGGCUCUGAGAGCACCGACCCUUAAUACUAAUGAAGAUAAUAAAUAUUACUUUUUUGUAAAGCGCCUUUGAACGCACAAUACUGUAUGAAAAUGGCCCUACAUAAAUGUGGUAUUAUUAUGCCCCCCUUCGAAGAAGAGGGGGUAUAUUGCUUUGCUCAUGUCGGUCGGUCGGUCGGUAGGUCGGUAGGUCGGUCCGUCCACCAGGUGGUUUCCGGAUGAUAACUCAAGAACGCUUGGGGCUAGGAUCAUGAAACUUCAUAGGUACAUUGAUCAUGACUCGCAGAUGACCCCUAUUGAUUUUGAGGUCACUAGGUCAAAGGUCAAGGUCACAGGUGAAGGUCACAGUUACUGGAAAUAGGCAUUAUAAGGAUUUAGCAUGGUUCAAACUAGGGAAACAACUACGGUUUAUGCAUGUUCUUUUUAUUACAGAUUUGCCUCCCUUUAAUUCAUUCAAAAUCUCAUUUUAAAGCAGAGAUUCCGAAUCUGACCUGUAAAUGAGCCCCAUAUUUACUGCCAGUGCUAGGUUACCUUUUCCCAUUUGAUCAAUCUUAAGUAUUGGUAUUGUAAUGCUGCUACUGCUGCUGCUACUGCUACUGCUACUACUACUACUACUUCUACUACUACUACUACUACUACUACUACUACUACUACUACUACUACUACUACUACUACUACUACUACUUCUACUACUACUACUACUAUUACUACUACUACUACUACUACUACUACUACUACUACUACUACUACUACUACUACUAGUACUACUACUACUACUACUACUACUACUACUACUACUACUACUACUACUACUACUACUACUACUACUACAACUUGUACUACUACUACAACUACUACCAUUGUUUUUCCUGGUCUGUAAUCUUCAACUUUGGAGUAUCGUAGUGGAUAUUUUGUCUGUCAAGCGAUAAAUAGGCCCAAAGUUCGAUUCCCACUCUAGGCGCAUUCUCAGAAUCUAUUUCCAAAAGACAGCAUGUACUGGAUUAACACAGGAUUUGCACUUGACGGUGUUUCAAUAAGCCUUAGGCGUUAAAUACAAUCAAGCUAUAAUAAAUAGGUUGAAAUGCAUGUCAUCUAAAGUAUAACUCCUUCUUACACCUGGGAUUAUAAUGGAAAGCAGCGUUCAGGAGUUUCUAUAGAUUUGGAAAAUUAUGAAAUAUUAUUGUUUUUUUAGAUUUUUAAUCGGUUUUACCAAUACUAUUUUCCUUCAAGGUAUGUAAUUAAACUUGAUGUUUCAUUUCUCAUACAGACACAUGGGUUUAUAAUGGAAACGUGCGUGGUAGAAUCGUUCGUCCAGACAUUGAUUGUACAAACAACGACCGCAUACAACUGAUAGACGCUGUACCCGGAGUUCCAUGGAUGGACAUUCCCACCACCAUAGAAUAUGAUGAGUAUCUACUGUAAUCAUGGAAUGACAUUAAAGCCACGGGUCUUCAUAACUAUCUUCGUGAUCUGAGCUUCAACAUGAACAACAUGUCUCUACCCGCAAAGACAUUCAAAGAUUUAACUUACGGACAAAAUGUGUUUGGCACGACAGAAAACCCAUUUCCUACACAAUAUCCCAACCAGUAUCCGAACAACCAGUAUCCAGCAAACCAGUAUCCCAACAACCAGUAUCCCAACAAUCAGUAUCCAAGCAACCAGUAUCCAAGAAGUAACCAUGGCACCUGUGGAACUCAGUAUAGCCCUUGCCAGUUCACGUUCUUUGUUCCCAACGGCACGGCUACAUACAACUAUGGCUUGACAGCAUUUGGACAGACUAUUAGACGGGACUCUGUCAGAUAUCGUUAUAUCCUGCGUCGAUUGAUUAUUCCCAACCAAGUAAUCUCUCUUGAGAGGAUGCCGACAUUUGGCAACUCACAACGUUACACCAGCGACACAGGAGAGGAGAUUAUGAUCAAGAAGGAAACUGAAAACACUGUGCGUUUAUUAUGGGGCUCCAUGUCGGCCCGGGUCAUCAUGUGGGAUAUCGGGGCCACCAACGGCAUGGUGCACAUCAUCGACAACAUCCUGUCCGACACCAGCGACCUCAGCCGCGAUAUCAGCGGCUCCACUGCCACCAGCAGCAGCAUCUUCAAAAUCAGUUUAGUGUCAUGCCUGUGGAUUGUAUUGAGACGUUUGGAUUAUUAGUGCGACGGCGGAUUGUUUACUGAGCCGCUACCACCCCAAUGAAGGUGCCGACUACUCGUACGUCUACUGAGCCUGCUACCACCCCAUCGAAUGUGCCGACUACUCGUAUGUCUACUGAGCCUGCUACCACCCCAUCGAAUGUGCCGACUACUCCGGAAGCAUGUCAGGACCGCCAAAACAACUGCAUCGAGUUCGAGGGAACGUCCAUUUGUACUGAUCCGAUGUACACGAAAUGGGCGUACAACAACUGUCGAGAAUACUGUGGAUUCUGCUACAAUUACGUGGACGUUAAAGGCCCUGUCUUAAGUAACAGCGUGAAGUGCCCUGAUUGGCAUCUUCCGAAGGCCUGCCGGCUCGUGCAGAACCCAACCGACACGUGCUGUGCCACGCCCACCUAUCCAGCCGGUUACAAAUUGUCGGCCCUACAUCCGAGAGAAAUACACUAAAUUAAUAUUACUUUUGCCUCAAAAACGGUAUUCAUUGGCGGAUCUGUAAGAAAUGCGUGCAUAGAUGGUUGUCUGCAUGUUUAUAAAGAUGUUCGCUCAUUAAUACUACGUUUGUAUAAAUUGUAGAUGCAUGCUCAUAAUGAUUCCUCUUCAGUAAUGUAGGAAUAAAAUUCAAAAAAUCUUUACCGCGGUAUAAGUAUGAUUUUUGCAUAUUUGUUCCAUGAACCACGUAAUAUUGUAAAUGAAUGUAUAAUAUUCGAAGAAUA